GUUGAGCAUUAUAUUUUGUUUCAGUCCGGUUUCCCUCCAUGGUUUCUCCUCUCCGACUAACUUAGCGUCGGCUCAGUUCAUUAUACACGGCUACCCCCCACCCCCUAUAUUCUCCCUCCGCCGUUAGGGCAUCUCUCUACGUUUUGGACUGAAGGACCCUCUUAAGGAAAAACAAAAAAGACCCGGCGAGAAAAGUUUCACCACCGGCGGGCACCAUGUUGAUGGAAAACAGGAUCCACUUGGAGCUAAGAAACAAGACACCGUCUGAAGUACGAGAACUCGUCCUAGACAACUGCAAAACGACCGACGGAAACACCGAAGGGCUCACAGAUGAGUUUGUCAACCUGGUUUUCCUCAGCUUGAUAGAUGUCGGCUUAUCAUCAAUCUCCAACAUACCCAGACUAGAAAAACUCAAAAAGCUGGAGUUGAGCGACAACAAAAUCAGCGGUGGCUUGGAGGUCUUAGCGAAGCAACUCCCCAACCUCACACAUCUAAGUCUGAGCGGCAACAAAUUGAAAGAGAUCAGCACGUUGGAACCAUUGAAAAAGCUGAAACACCUGAAAAGUUUGGACCUGUUCAACUGCGAAGUCACCAACAUGAACGACUACAAGGACAGCGUGUUCAAACUGCUACCCCAGCUCACGUACCUGGACGGCUUUGACUGCGAAGACAAGGAGGCCUCCGACUCCGAUGUCGAGGUGGACGGAGACGGCGUGGACGACGACGAUGAUGAAGAGGGCGAGGGAGAGGACGAGGAAGACGAGGACGGAGAGGACGAUGACAUUGAUGAGGAAGAUGAGGACGAAGAAGACGAGGAGGAGGUCGAGGGAGAAGAGGACGAUGAGGAGGUCAGCGGAGAAGAUGAGGAGGAAGACUACGGACUGGAUGGGGAAGUCGAUGAUGAAGAGGAAGAUGAGGAGGAAGAUGACGACGAGACUGCCACCGGCAGAGGUGAGAAGAGAAAGCGGGAGCCUGACGACGACGAUGAGGAUGAGGACAACGAAGAGGACGACUAGAAAGCAAGAGGAGCGCACUUUGCGACUUCCUGCCCCCCAUCCUACCAACCCGAACGUCCGACCUCCUUCGACUUGCAACCCCCCACCCCACCCCAAGCCCUUCCCUUACCCCAGCUCUGAGCUCUUUUUUGGGCCAAGACUAUACUGGAUGGGUGGCUCGUGUGGACCACCCGUCACCAAACAACUUUUUUUUACCUACCUACCACCCCCUUCCUCUCCUCCAUGGAAGUGAGAGUCACCUCCCACCCACGCCGCCCCAAACUGCCCCCGGGGUU